AUGAUUGGAUGUCUCCUGAUAAGCAAGUAUCUUCUUAAUGAGAAAAUGUGGACCAACUACAUUCAUGGGUGGCAGGAUCGAUGGGUAGUUCUGAAAAGCAACACACUCAGUUAUUGCAAGUCUGAAGAUGAAACAGAGUUUGGCUGCAGAGGGUCUAUCUGUCUGAGCAAGGCUGUGAUUACACCCCAUGACUUUGACGAAUGCAGAUUUGAUAUUAGCGUAAACGAUAGUGUUUGGUACCUCCGAGCUCAGGACCCAGACCACAGACAACAGUGGGUAGAUGCAAUAGAGCAACACAAGACUGAAUCUGGCUAUGGAUCAGAGUCAAGUUUACGACGCCAUGGGUCCAUGGUGUCUCUUGUUUCUGGAGCAAGUGGAUACUCUGCAACAUCCACCUCUUCGUUCAAGCAGAUGCAGUCAAGAGGAAAAAUUGAGACCGGUGGACAAAAUGAACAAUUGGAAAUGUUUCUCACUCCCAUAACACACUCUCUUUCAAAUUUAGUGGUAGAAGAUGAUGAAGAUGAUUUCCCUACGAUGCGUUCGGAUGGGGAUUUUUUACAUAACAGUAACAGCAGUAAGGAAAAAUUGUUUCCACAUGUGACACCCAAAGGAAUUAAUGGCAUAGACUUUAAAGGAGAAGCUAUAACUUUCAAGGCAACUACUGCUGGAAUCCUUGCUACACUCUCUCAUUGUAUUGAACUCAUGGUAAAACGUGAAGAAAGCUGGCAAAAAAGGCUAGAUAAGGAGAUGGAGAAAAGGAGAAGAAUUGAAGAAGCCUACAAAAAUGCUGUGACAGAACUGAAGAAAAAGUCCCACUUUGGAGGGCCAGACUACGAGGAGGGUCCUAAUAGUCUGAUUAAUGAAGAAGAAUUCUUUGAUGCUGUUGAAGCUGCUCUUGAUAGACAGGAUAAAAUGGAAGAACAGUCCCAAAGUGAAAAGGUCAGGUUACACUGGCCAACAUCCUUACCUUCUGGAGAUGCAUAUUCUGCUGUGGGGACUCAUCGAUUUGUCCAAAAGCCCUAUAGUCGCUCUUCCUCCAUGUCUUCCAUUGAUCUAGUCAGUGCCUCUGAUGAUGUUCACAGAUUCAGCGCCCAGGUGGAAGAGAUGGUACAAAACCAUAUGACAUAUUCUUUGCAAGAUGUAGGAGGAGAUGCCAAUUGGCAGCUAGUGGUAGAAGAAGGAGAAAUGAAGGUAUACAGAAGAGAGGUGGAAGAGAACGGAAUAGUUUUAGAUCCUUUGAAAGCAACCCAUGCCGUUAAAGGGGUAACAGGGCAUGAAGUUUGCCACUACUUCUGGAAUGUCGAUGUUCGUAAUGACUGGGAAACAACAAUUGAAAAUUUCCAUGUUGUGGAAAAUUUAGCUGAUAAUGCAAUCAUCAUUUACCAGACACAUAAGAGGGUGUGGCCAGCUUCUCAAAGGGAUGUGCUGUAUUUGUCUGCCAUCAGAAAGAUACCAGCAUUCAAUGAAAAUGACCCUGAAACAUGGAUUGUGUGCAAUUUCUCUGUGGAACAUGACAGUGCUCCUCUGAACAAUCGGUGUGUCCGUGCCAAAAUAAAUAUUGCUAUGAUUUGUCAGACAUUAGUAAGCCCACCAGAGGGAAACAAGGAAAUAAGCAGGGACAACAUCCUAUGCAAGAUUACAUAUGUAGCUAAUGUGAACCCAGGAGGAUGGGCACCAGCGUCAGUGUUACGGGCAGUGGCAAAACGAGAAUAUCCAAAAUUCUUGAAGCGUUUUACAUCAUACGUGCAAGAGAAAACAGCAGGAAAGCCUAUUUUAUUCUAGUGUUAGCAGCAAUCAGAACAAGACUGGGUGAGCAUUCCACUUUGGAGAAGUGACCAUGCAUAGAGCACUCCAUGCUGGAACGAAGGAUCUACAGUCUUUUUAUGGCCCAAGUUCUAGGCUUUGUAUACUGAAGUGAAGAAGUGUUGUGAUACCAUGAGGCUGAAUAUUUAACACUAGCUCUCUCCUGCUAACUUCUCUUGCUGAAUCAGUGUGUAAUUAUAAAUACAUGUAUUGAUAACAUGUAUAUGGCUCUAUUUUUAUUUGCCUGCUUUAGAAGAGAAAGAACGUGUACAACUUGAAUCACCAAUGUGAGUUACUGCAUUAAUUUUAAACAACUUGCAGAAUUUCCACUGUCAGCCUUCCUAAGAUACUCGCACAGAUUUUGUGCAUGUUUAAAAAGCACAAAAGACAAAUGCACAUAUAGCAUACUGUAUGUGCUUUAUAUGCACAAAAAUCUAUGUGGUAUUUUGGGGGUGAGUGAGGAACUUCAGUAAAGCCUAGGUGACUUAUUGGCAGGUUUUGUUUUGCUUUGUAUAAUCAUAGUUCAUUGCUGCUGGUUUCUAUAAUGAAUCAUCUUGUUACAUAAAAUGUCAGUUAAUAACUGAGGGCUGUCAAUAUCCUUAUGACUUUGCCUUUUCUAUUGUCUUACUCUUAUGAAGAACUUUGGCUCUGAAGGAG